UUGGUUUUGGGCAUCAAGGGCAUUUUCGUAAAUUAGGAGUUCCACCCCUCACUAGAAAAAAAAGCUCCACUUUGGACGGUUGUAGUAGAUAUUUUAAGAGAGCCGGAUUCUACUCUAGGGUUUGGUCGAGAAUGGCGGAAACUGAUAUGAAAGAGGUGUUGAAACCCUUCCACCAAAGAGCUUCUGAAGCUGAGGACCGCUUGUCAAAACUUGAAGCUGCUCUUUCCAGUACGAAAGAUUCUGGAAAUGAGGAACUUUUGAAGAUGAUUAGUGACCUUCAAUCAAAGCUACAACAUGCAGAAGCUGAACAAAUUUCAGAACGGGAAAAGGCUCAGAAAGAUAUUCAAAAGCUUACAGUGGAAAAUGCUAAACUCCAGUAUCGUGUAACCCAUCUUGUCCGGGCAUUGAAGGAGGCUGACUGCAAGUUGGAGGCCAAGUGAAGUAUGAUGGUUUACUUAACAACUGCUUUUUAUAGGGUCGUGAUUCUGAAGCCACUAUAGAGAAGAUCUUAAGUUGGACUUUUAGGUUGUGAAAAUUGAGAUGAACAGCUUGUGGUACUCUAAUUGUUGAAGAAUAUUUAUGCUUAGUUGCUUACACCCUUAUCAACGGUUUUAUAAG